AACCUGCAAAAAGUUAUACUUAUUUUUAUUUUUCAAAAAUAAUAUGAGAGAUUUAAUUAAUUAUAUGAUUCAACACAUACAUUAAAAUAAUAUUGAUAAAAGUUAUUAAAAAUGUAAAAUAUAAUGGUCUGUAUUAGUUGAACACAAAAUUAGUUAUUGUGUUGUUUGGAAACAUAUUUAGUAGUAUAAUAUUGGUUUUCAUAUUAUCCUUAAUGAAGUUCUAAUUUUUUUAUUAAUUCCAAAUGACAUUUAAUGUAAUAUAAUGCAUGAGUGGAGGCUUACUACUCAUACAUUAUAUUACAUUUUAAAUAUUGGGUGGAGGCUUAGAGCAGGUUUAUUGCAGUGGCUUAAAUGAAUUGCUUAAGACUAAUUGUAAUUAAAAUAAAUGAUAAAAGGAAAAAAGAGAAAAGGUGUUGCUUAAUUUGGCACGGGAAGCGUCGUUGCUUCUUUGCCAGGUGUUGCACCGGGACAGGCUGGAGAAAAGGUGACCCUAGCGUCCUUCGCAUUUUUUCUUUUCCUUCAUUUCUUUCUCUCUUUUUCUCUCCUCGCUACGGCGAAAGGCGAAAUCCGAUGCGAUCGAUGGGACUGUUCGACGCCACGGCUGCGUCUCAGUGGGUGGCUGUCGUCGACGACGGCUAACGACGGCCUCUCUAUCUGUUGCUCUCCUCCACCAAGGAAAACGGUGACAUCUCUCUCUGUUUCCUUCCUCUCCUAGGCGAAAGGGGAGAUCUUUCCCGAUCGGUGGUUCUGUUGGACGAUCAGGCGACGUCUCCGUCGGUGGCUGUCGUCGAGGAAGGGCCACGACGAUCUCCCUAUCUGUCUCUUUCCUCUCCUCGGCGGAACUCCUCGGCGGAAUCGUUGCGAGCUCUAUCUCAGGCGAAUCGAAGGUAAAGAUUUGUUAAUAUGAUGCAUGUAUUUGAUUUUGAUUAUGCAUGUAUUUGAUUUAGAUUUUCUCGAACAGAUCAAGAAUUUUAAUAUGAGGAACAUGAUAAAUUUGGAUUUGAUUUUUUUUCUGUCAUGUUCUUGUGAGAUGGAAUGAUCAAGAGCCAGACGAUUCUUCAUUCAAAAGGCAUAAGAUCAAGGGUUACAUGUUAAAGGUUGGUUGAUCAAGAUGCAAUGGCAAGGUUCGUGAGAUAAAAGCCCUACGCUUGUUGAUAGAGGUAAACCCCUCUCUUUGCUAUUGUGAAUAUGAUAAAGCAUUGUGUGGUAGUGUAAAUGUAAAUGUUGAUGGUUAGGUUAGGUGAACACUGUAAUAAAUGUGAUGGUUAGGUUAUGGUUGUGUUAAGAUAAUAAGUGUAGUUAUGGAUUGAUACAUAUCGAUGGUCUUGUGUGUUAAUUGCGGUAGAUAUAUGUCCUCUCGAACUGGUUGUGAUCAAUGCUUCUCUUCCUCCAUUUAAACUCUGUCCUUGGCCUCUCUCUUGAGUCUCAUCUCUUCUUUCUCAUCUUCGCAUCUCUCUUGAGUCUUAUCUUUUCUUUCUCAUCUUUGCAUCUCUCUUGAGUCUUAUCUCUUCUUUCUCAUCUUUGCAUCUCUUUUGAGUCUUAUCUCUUCUUUCUCAUCUUGAAGUAUGGAUUCCUAUCCAUAUAGGCAGAAUCCAAAGUUUGUUGACUUACUCAAUAGUCAACAAGACAUUGGAUUUGGAUCCUAUGAAGAUAGUGUAGAGCUAUAUUCAACCCAAGUUCCUUUUCUUGCCACUCAAGGUACCGCUGAUUCAGCCUUCAACGGCGACACUCCUGCUGGCCAUCGUGAACGAAGAACUUGGACACCAGCGGACGAUGUGGUGCUGAUCAGCUCGUGGUUAAACACGAGCAAAGAUCCAGUUGUUAGCACCGAGCAAAAGUCAGGCGCUUUCUGGACAAGAAUAGCAGCCUACUUUGCUGCAAGUCAUCAAGAUGGUGGCUCCGAACAGAGAGGGGCUAGUCAUUGCAAGCACCGUUGGCAGAAGAUAAAUGAUCUCGUUUGCAAAUUCUGUGGAGCUUAUGAAGCUGCAAGGAGAGAGAAGACAUCAGGUCAAAACGAAAACGAUGUGCUCAAACUUGCUCAUCAAAUAUUUUUCAACAACCAUAAGAAGAAAUUCCUCCUUGAACACGCGUGGAAGGAACUGAGGCACGACCAGAAGUGGUGUGAGCUUUCAUCUGCUAAGAAUGAAGGAACCUCUAAAAAAAGAAAGGCUGAGGAUGGUGGUGAUUCUUCAACAUCUCAAGCAGAUUCUAAGAAGCGCCCACCAGGUGUUAAAGCCUCAAAGGCGAGUGGUAAGAAGACGUUUGAUCCAGACAAGCAAGUAGAGGAGUUUGAGAGGAUUUGGAAAAUCAAGCAGAAGGAAAUUGAUGCUAAGGAACGCCUGUCUAAGAUGAGCCUGCUUGAUAGUCUUAUUGGAAAAAAAGAACCUUUGCUUGAGUAUGAAGAAUCCCUUAAGAAAAAGCUAAUCAAUGACUUAUUCUGAUUGUAGUUCUUGUUCUGUUUGUUGUUCUGUUUGUUGUUGUCUUUCAGUUUCU